AUGGCCUACACUACUGCUUCACCGCCCUGCGCCACUCUUAUCUGCCCUAGCUCGUCCGUCCUCCACCACGUCCUUCGUAUGGUUAUGUUUAUGAAUACUGAAGUUAAUUUCCUUGGUCAGCUUAGACAUCCCAAUUUGGUGAAAUUGAUUGGGUAUUGCUGUGAAGAUGACCACAUAUUUCUUGUUUAUGAGUUCAUGUUUCGAGGAAGCCUUGAAAAUCACCUAUUUCGAAAAACAGGUGCGCCAUUAUCAUGGCCAACAAGAAUGAUGAUUGCUUUUGGGGCAGCAAAAGGCUUAGCCUUCCUUCACAAUGCUGAACGACCCGUAAUCUAUCGAGACUUCAAGACUUCCAACAAUUGCAAAUGA